CAGGAGUAAUCUCUGAGCGCAGAGCUGGGAGCCAGCCCUGCGCACUGCUGGGUGUGGCCCUAAAAAAACCAACCAAAAAUGAGAGGUUUCAGGGCAGGGAGGGGACUUGGGUCCUGCCUGCUGGAGCCCUGGCUCUGUCCUCAGCAUGGCAUGGACUCAAAAAGACAAAGGCGCCUAUUGCCCGGUCGACGGGCUGAGGGGCAGAGAGCAUCUCCGAGACGGCGACCACGUGGCAGGCAACAAUGGGGCCUGGUGGGUGCUGGGCGGGCACGAAGGGUGUGUGGAGGAAGAAGUGCCUUGGCUACACUGUUCUGGGGUCUCUGGGGGUCCUUCGGGCUUCUCUGUCCACCUCAGAGGCCUCACAAGAGCCGGGACCCUGCACAGUCCAUCCCACACCCCCGCCCCCAGCCCAGGGUCCCAGAAGCUACCCUGGCCCAGGGUCCCCAGGCUGGCCCGGCCACACCUCCAAAGUCCCCCCAGAAGACCCGCAGGGCCCCUCCUAAAGAUGGAAGACGGGAAGUGAGCCCGCCCACCGGGUAGAUGGGGGCCCCCCCAGGGGGCACGGACAGCCCCAAGAAAAGGCUGGUUGGCCGCGGCGCAGCCCCCCACCCUCCAUCCUCCACUGAGGGUCCGGAACCAGGAGCCAGGCAGCCAGAGGGCAGAGGUCACGUGGGCUUUCCUGCCCACCCUGGGAACUUCCUCCUCACUGGCCCUGCCGGCGACCCCUCCCCUCUGCCCCUCAAGACAGAGGGUCCUUCCCACUGGGCCUGUGGCAGUAUCUGGUUCUGGGAGGACAGAUGGAAGUGUCCUAUGCCUUUUCUCUUCUGUCCCAAAACACCCUCCCUGCCCCGUGGGGGCAGGAGAAGCAAAGUCAAGAACAUCAGCAUGGAUACACCCCCACAAUAAAGCUACAGCCAGAAAGUGACCGGGCACCCAGAAUCUCCAUGUGGGAAACUGAGGCACAGGCAGGCUCAGACUCCCAAGGUUCUCAGACUCAUCAGGCUUCUCUGGGAGUGGGGGCGAGGCUUGGGGCGCCCCGUCUGCGGAGCCCCAACCCCAUCGCUCAGCUCUGGGGUGGGCAUUCCCCCAUGCCUCAGUGUCCCCUAGCCUGGGAGAGGACAGGGCAAGCGCCCAGCCAGCCUGGGGGUGGCGGCCCCCACGUUAGGUGGGAUUGUUGCGAUAACCCGGCGCCCCCGCUUCCUGCGGACCAGGAAGGAGCCGCGCAGAGGAAGUACUCCGAGGGGUAAUAUAAACACUUCCCCCGCAGGCACGGCCCACAGGGAGCCUGUCCGCCCGCCUGCCUGCCCGUCAGUCCGUCCGUCCGUCCGAGCGGCGCGCCAUGGGCCUGCCGGCAGAUCGCGGGAGCCUGUACGCGCGGCCCAGCCGCCGCGGCUGCUGGUACUACCUGCGCUACUUCUUCCUCUUCGUCUCCCUCAUCCAGUUCCUCGUCAUCCUGGGCCUGGUGCUCUUCAUGGUGUACGGCAACGUGCACCUGAGCACCGAGGCGGCGCUGCAGGCCACCGAGCGGCGCGCGCAGAGCCUGGAGGGGCGGGUGGCGGGGAUGGUGGCCGCGCGCACCAACCUCACCAAGGAGCUGAACCUGACGGCACGCGCCAAGGACUCCAUCAUGCAGAUGCUGCUGGGCGCGCGGCGCGAACUGGACCGCAUCAACACCAGCUACCGCCAGUGCCAGGCUGAGCUGGAGACCUACCACAACUACCAGCGCAUCAUCGCCGCCAUCAUCCUGAGCGAGAAGCAGUGCAAGGAGCAGCUCCAGGCCGACAACCAUAGCUGUAACGCCUUGCUCUUGAAACUGAACCAGAAGACGCAGGCCCUGGAGGCGGACAUGACUAAGGAGAAGGCACAGUGCGUGGGAGACAAGGACAGCCUGACGCAGGGCCUGCGUGUGGCCCAGGAGCAGGUGACCAACUGCGGACGGGUGCAGGCACAGCUGAAGCAGGAGCGGGACCUGGCCGAGGGUCAGCUGCAGAAGGUGCAGACGCUCUGUGUCCCCCUGGACAAAGACAAGUUCGAGACCGAGCUGCGCGCGCUGUGGAAGGACACCAUCGUCCCCCGCACGCUGAGCUCCAUGCCCACCUACGCCAUGUACCUGACGCCCGACCUGGCCGCCCUGCGCCUCACCUGCGAGCAGCUGCCCAGCGUCAUGAGCAACAAGGUGGACGAGCUGGCGCGGAGCCUGCGCGCUGGCAUCGAGCGUGUGGCCCGUGAGAACACGGAGCUGCAGCGGCAGAAGCUGAGGGUGGACGAGGCCCUGCAGGCCAGCCAAGAGGCCAGGGAGAAGGCGGAGAAGGAGGCGCAGGCCCGGGAGAGCCGUGUGCGGUCUGAAUGCGCGCAGCAGACGCAGCUGAUGCUGCAGGAGAAGGCGGCACUGCGGAAGGAGCGGGACCUGUUGGGCCAGGAGCUGGCACAGAGGAAGCAGGAGGCUGAGCAGCUGAGGAUGAAGCUGGCCAUCAGCGAGACAUCCCUGGACACCUGCAUCAAGGCCAAGUCGCAGUUCAUCCCGGCACCGAGGACCGUGGUCGCACCCCCUCAGCCCCCGUCCAUCAAGGACAUCAACCCAGGCCUGGUGGAGGAGUUCAAGAAGAAGAUUCUGGAGUCUCAGGGGCUCCCCACAAGUGGCUGAGGAGCCUUCGGGGACCCCCGGACAGCAGUCGGCACUGGGGACCCGCACACAACCAGCUAAGCACUGCACCGCCCACAGUGCUCACACCCUUCCCCCCCACCCCCCGCUCCCUGCGGUGACCAUGCAGACACGCCAGAUGGACAGACUUCCUGCCAGCCUCCACGCCCUUCACGCAACCUGCACUUCCUUCCCACCUGACCCCCCACAGGACCCGUAAUCCGGGUCUGGAGGGGGCUGCAGAGCUCAGCCCCCAACCCUGUUCCCGCCAAGACCCCAAGCCCCACCGGGGCCCUUUGUGUCAAUAAAUAUUAGCAAACCCGCAAAGACCGGCUCCUGCUGCUGCUGUGAAAACUGCUGACGCCACCCUCAGUGAGGCAGGAUGGAGGGCAAAGCGCGGCCCCUGGAACCAAAAUUGUGGACCAUGACUCAUUCUAGUCAGGGAGAGAGGGGAGGGGAGAGGCUGGAGCCACAGGCCAGGCAGUGGGGUGUCAUCCGCCCACUCAGAUGUCGCCUGAGCACCCCCAGGAGUGAUCCCUGAGCAUCAUCAGUUGUGGCCCAAAGAGCAAGGGGGAGAAAAAGGAGAGGAAGAGAAGAGAGGGAGAGUUUGGGGAGGGAGGGAGAGGGAGUGGGGGAGGAGACCAGUGUCCCAGCCCAGAGGGGCUUCCUGAGACCCCAAGCUCCUCCAGGUAUGGCUUCAUGGCUGGCCACUGUGGCAAUCACUUGAUAUUUGUGUCUAGGUUUUUUGGGUGCUGGAGUAGAAUUUGUUUUGCGUGCAAAUCCCAGCCUCCGCCUUCCUACAGAGCCCCACCUGCACCAGUUUCCCUAAAAUCCAGCCUGUGAACACCCAAAAGGAGAGAGAGCAAAAGGGAAUGUCCUGCCACAGAGGUGGGGCGGGAUGGGGGAGGACGGGAUGCUGGGACCAUUGGUGGUGAAGAAUGGGCACUGGUGGAGGGAUGGGCACUUGACCAUUGUAUGACUGAAACGCAAGCAUGAAAGUUUGUAAGUCUGUAACUGUACCCCUUAAUAAUAAUAAUAAUAAUAAUAAUAAUCCAGCCUGUGAGACGCUGUGUCCCCAAAAGCAGGUUGCGGCUUACAUCUGUCUCUAAUUCCAAGACCCCCCCCCCAGUGUGGGCACUGCAGGGGCCUUGCUCCUCGAUGGUGGCCACAUGGAGCCCGGCAUCCCAAAGGUCCCUGGCUUGGGGUGCAGGCUGGGACCACGGCAAGCUUCUGCUGGCCAAGGAAUAAGCUCUGGGUAGAGGUCAGGAGGGUCCUGGGCAUUGAAUCCAAGUCCAGCCACAGACCCUGGACCCUUAACUGCAUUCUGGGCAGUACUGGUCCAGGAAGCCAAGCCAAUGGCCCUCAGCGGACAAGUAACCCGAUCCCAGAGUGGACACUCGAGCCCAUCCCCCACCCCCACCACUGGUCCUGAGACCCCAGUGGGGCGGGUGAGUCACUGGACCGGGCCUGGCAGCUCCAUGCUUCAGGCAGGCCAGCCAGGAGGGACAAAGGAGCGAUACUUCCUGCUCCCGGAAAUGCCGGCGAGAGACAGCGGCUGCAGGAAGCACUUGGCUGGGAUCCUGCCAAGCUGGGGCAGGGGGUCAGGCGGGCUGGACCGCCCAGACAGGGCCCCCAGGAAGGAGGCUGACUUGAGGCAACCUGGAGGCUAGUCUGAGGCGUUGGACCCCUGAGGCUGUUUUCUACCCCCCAAAGCAGGUGUGGUGCCCCCAGACACAUGGGCAUGGGGCUCCCAUACCUGGCUCUUCUCUCCCAUGGGGGCACCCCAGGACUUAAAGCUUCCAGCUGGCCCUCAAGACCAGGCCCACUCAGCCCUGACCCCAGUGGGAUCCGACAUCUCCCUCUGCAGCUUAUCCACUACCCUUCCCCAAACCCCAUGACAGGGUCCUGGCCCUGGGCUCUUUACUUUGGGGGGCACAGGAAGUCUCUCCCCUCUCCCCCCCCCCAGGCAGUGCUAGAAAGGUUAGUGAGUGAAUCUAAUGAUUCCCUGGUUCUGAGCACUGCACACUUGGAAGACAUCUUUUCUUCCCAGCAGCCUGUCCAGCUCUACCUGCUUUGAGGUCCAGUGCCAGAGUUCCUCCUCCAGGCAGCCUUCCUGGAUGUCCCCUUGCUCCUCCUGUGGGGCCCCUCAGCCCCAUCUGCCUCUCUCAUUCCAGUCCUGAUCCUACAGUUUGGGUGCCCCCAAGAACGGGCCAGGGGGUGGCAGCAGAGUCCCAGUCAGGGAGCCAUUGGCUAACCACUGUCCUGACCCUCUGGUCCAGCCACCAGGCAAAGUCCUGGCUCUUUGGGAAUUUCCUGUCACCUAUAAAUAAGCCCCAUGGCUGCUUCCCACAAACUGCCUCACCCUUCUUGGAAAAAAGGGAUUGUAGCCAAGGCCCCCUGAGCAAGGAUGCCAGGGCCGGAGGCGGGAAGGGCGCAGGCUUCUGCGGCUCCCCCAGUGCCCAGAAGCACAUGAUCUGGGAACCCAAGGGCUCAGCUCCCUGGACCCUAUGCUCAGGGAGCCCCAGUGCUCACAGGAGGAGCAGAAAUGGCCUCUGCAAGGCAACUGGCUCAUGAACACAAGGGGUUCAGAGCACGCCCUGGCUGGGGAGAGGGAUUCUGGGUGCAGGCUGAGCCCCUCAGACCCUCCUGGCCUCGGAGCUAACCCCAUGGACUUAUCCUGGUCCUGGGAAACGUGGACACAGCCUUGCACAAGCAAGUUCCCGGAGCUUAGAGGGCGGCGACCCCUGCUGGCGGAGGUCUGGACUAACACAUGGUCUGGCACCGCUGGGCGUUGCAGGGGUGGGGUCUUCAACCCACCAGAACUGAGUUUUUCCAAACCCAGCUCUCAGCAGCCACGUCCUGCAGUGAGAACCUGUCACCGGCCACUCUGUGAUGGAGGGUCGGUGGCUCCAGAGUGACAGCCACUGUGCAGGCCUGCCCAUGGAAGCAGCUGCCCAGCACACCCCUGGCCCCUGGGCU